AUGGAGAUAUCUGGAGGCAUCGAAAGGGCCCUGCGGCCGCUGAGGUGGCUCUGGAGCUGGGUGGAGGCUGCGCUGGGCGCGCCCGUGGCGCUGUGGGCCCUGGCCAGGCGGCGUGCGCGACUCCUGUAUUGGGGCAGCAAGAUCCCCGGCCCUUUCGCGCUGCCUAUCAUCGGGAACGCCCUCGACAUGUUCUCUCAAGACUUCACAGGCGACAAAUGGCGAUCGCGGCGCAAGGCGCUGACGCCAGCGUUCCACUUCCGCAUCCUGGAGCAGUUCGCGCCCGUCUUCCUCAGCUGCGGGGACGAGUUCGUGCGGCAGCUGCGGAAGCGCGCGGGCGGCGACACCUUCGACGUAGUGCCGCUCGUCACGCUCCUCACACUCGACGUCAUCUGCGGUGAGACCCUCUUGCACCCCACCUCUCUUCUUGCCCCCUCCUCGCGGAGCCACCUUCGACUCUCCACUCGUCAAGCUCCUCACAAUCUACGUCAUCUGUGGAUCACAUCGAUUACCGCGAUGCGCGCCAUUCGUCCGUGGCUGCAUCUAGACUUUAUAUUUUAUAUGACAACACCUGGUCGCAGAUACAAGAAAUGUUUACAAGUACUGCAUGGAACAACUGAGAGAGUAAUUAGGGAGAGAAGAGAAGGACUACUGGAGAUGGGCAAGGACUCUGCAAUGAACUCUACAAUUGACGUCGACGACAUUGUGUCACGUGAUCCUCUUUUUGGAGGGGAUGCUUCGUGGCGGCAAAGAAGGAUGCUCAGUGCAUUCAAGUUCUUAGCUUCGCACGUGCUGGCGUUUGUGCGCAUGCGCAGGAUCGCGGCGGCGCCUGGCGUUCAUGGAACAGCUGUUGUUCGCGAAUUUGACGUAGUAGCGCAUGCGCAGGCGGUGGCGGCAACUCAAGGCAUUCCUGGACCUGCUGCUGUUGGAAAAUCUGACGUAUUCGGUGCGCAUGCGCAGGCGGCGGUGGCGCGUGGCGUUCCUGGACCUGCUGUUCCUGGCGUAUAUGACUGUGUAUCUGAUUGGCAGCGGCGGCGCGUGGCGUUCCUGGACCUGCUGCUGCUGGCGGCGCGCGACGGCAGCCUCUCGGACGCAGACAUUCGCGAGGAGGUGGACACCUUCAUGUUCGAGGGUCAAGACACAACAGAGGCUGCUCUCUCCUUCGCCAUCUAUCUGUUGGCGAGUCAUCCAGAUGUUCAAGAAAAAGUUCUGGAAGAGCUAAAAAGCGUGUUCGACUGGUCGCAACCUCUACAGCCGACAAUUCAACAGCUUGGAGAACUGAAGUACUUGGAAAUGGUGAUUAAGGAGGUUCUUCGACUGUAUCCGUCUGUGCCUGCGAUUUUCCGUGACAUAACGGAAGAUGAUAAACUACCGUCCACGGGUCACGUGAUCCCGGACGGCACCGUGAUGAUCGUCAGCCCCUGGGCGGUGCACCGCAACCCGGAAGUGUACCCGGACCCGGAGAAGUUCGACCCGGAGCGCUUCAGCGCGGGCGAGACGGCGCGACGCCACCCCUACGCCUUCCUGCCCUUCAGCGCCGGCCCGCGCAACUGCAUCGGUGAGGCACACGCGCAGUUUGUAGUCUUGCAACGAAACGGUAUUCUAAAAUCACUUAACUCUUCUAACGACUCGUGGUUACCUCUCACGUUCACAUCCCUACGCCUUCCUGCCCUUCAGCGCCGGCCCGCGCAACUGCAUCGCAGGGAGCACAACCAGAGUCAGCGAUUCGCCAUGCUGGAAAUGAAGAGCGUGCUUGCCAAGGUAAUCUGGAACUUCGAGAUGUUUGUGGAACCAGGAUUUACAGUUCUUCCAGGUUGGAAACUCAUCCUGAAACCUGUAAAUGGAGUACGAAUACGACUUGAUGAUAGACGCAAAAACUAUGAUAAUACAGUUUUUUAAAUUCUGUAGUUUCUUAUAUUAUUUAAUAAAUACCAUGUGUUUUUCUACACAAUAUUACUGGGUCAAUAAAAUAUGUUCGUGAUAGUCUUUUCUUGAUUUAGAUGCUCGCUUAAAAAACACAUUGAAAAUCCUUUGUUUUCAUUUAGUUCCCUUUAGAAUUAUUUUUUACUAAUUUUAAUGUUUAAACGUUUAGUAAAAUACUACCUCAAGUGGUUAAGAUAUAAAAGAUCAGAGGAAAAUGGUCAUUCCGUUGCAAUGUAUAAUGGAAAUGGAUGCCAAUGCAGUCCAGCCUUACUUGUUGGACUUGUAUCAAUACAUCAUCUCAAUUGCAUUAUUCAAUAAAUAUAUUUGAAUUAAAAUUAA